AUUUAUUUAAAACUAACUACUUAUUUUUUGAUUGAAAUAUGAGGAGAAAGUGAUCGAUUGAAAUAUAUUGGAGAGAUUUAAAGAACAUUUGGCCAGUCUGACAAGGGUAAGCAGUUGAGAAAAGGAGAAACUAACGAAGUGAAGAAUAUCUCAGUGGCGAAGGUUUUGAGAGAUUGGAAUCUGAUUAGCCGAUAGUUGUGCCGGUAAAGUUUAUAACGGACUUCAAUACAGAAGUCAAUGACAGGUGGCUGUUUAAUUUCCUAUUAGAAAACUUGGAAUAAUUCUCUAUUAGAAAGCUAUGUCUUUGUGGGCGAAGGAUGAUAUAAAAGCGGACGUGAAUUGAAGCAAUAAAAGAUGUUCGUGCAAUUCUAAAGGAGGGCAAAAACGACGACAGGGCCUCGGCUAGACCGCGAUUUUAUCAGAGCAACGAAAAGAUUGAAUUACAUUUAGGAAAGUCAAACUUCCUCACCGCAGUGAAGGAAACGACAGCAUUUGCAACACAAUGCGAAGCAAAUGGCGAAGAAAAUUAUACUUCUUGUUAAACCCUCGUAGCGAAUAUGAUGACAGUGACGAGGAGGACUCAAUAGAGAAUGUGGAUGGAGAACCUGACAAGUCAAGCAAUGUUCAGACAUUCUGGAACAUUUUCAAUGCCAACCAGGGAGUUGCUGUACUCACAAUGCCGUUUGUAGUAAAAUGCGGAGGUUGGCUGGCUUUGCUCAGCAUUGCUGGGGUAGCUGUGAUCUCAAAUUAUACCAACAAGAUUUUGGUAAGUUGCCUGUAUGAUUAUAAAAACGGCGAACGAUACAGAGCAAGAAGCAGCUAUAUGGAUAUUGGAGACGCCUUCUCCGGACGAUACGGACGAACCUUGGUGCAUUUCGCUCAAAUGUUUGAACAAAUGUCCUAUUGCACUUUACUUUUGAUCUUGAGCGGUUCAAUUUUAGAGAAAUCGUUUCUACAUCUGGGACUGCAGCGUAGUGACUGGACUGCGAUUGUAGCCCUGAUGGUCUUGCCUAAUAUUCUCCUCAAGUCAAUCACGGAUGUGUCCUGGGUCAGUUUCGUUGCUGUUCUUAUCGGUCAGGUGGUCUACACUAUCCUGAUCGGCUUUUGUGUCUGGCAUUUACCAAGAUGGGAAACGGACGCCGUGCCUGAAUUUGAUAUAAGUCAAUACGGAGUGGCAGUUGGAAUAAUCGUAGUAAGCUACGCUUCACAGCCGUACAUGCCUGCGAUUGAGGAUAGCAUGAGAGAGCCUGGGAAAUUUCCUCAAGUCAUAAAUCUCGCGUAUCUCGCAAACACGGGCGUAAAACUGGGCUUUGGUAUCAUUGGUUUCCUCACGUUUCAAGAUCAAACUAAGCAGGUUAUCACAAGAAAUAUCCCCCCCGGUUUCCUUCAUUUGCCUAUAAAUGUUUUGGUGUUUGGCCUGGCACUUUCUUCCUAUACAAUUCCUGUGUAUACGGUGUUUGAAUUGCUGCAGGAUAUCAAUGUAUCAUGGCUUCCGCUGACAACGUUACUCGAGGGCACAGACAGGCUGACGCGCAUCACGAUGUUUGCAACACGCUCCUUCGUCAUCUCAGUUACCUUACUCACGGGUGUGAUAAUCCCUCAUUUCGGGCUGUACAUGGCAUUGGUCGGAAACUUCACAGGAAUGUGCCUUGCUUUCAUCUUUCCGGCCAUCUUCCAUAUGAAAAUAUGUUAUGAUAGAUUGGAAUGGCAUCAUUUUGUUGUGGAUACACUGGUCGCUGUGUUUGGAAUCUUUGGAGCCGCUAUAGGAUGCCAUUUCUCCAUUUUGGCUUUACUCGAUGCUUAUAAAGACGAUUAAGGGUAUCCGGGGUUCUUUGUGGAUAUGCGGGAUGGCUGUGUGGGUACAGCAUGCAUGGAAGAAAGCUUGGAACAACAGACGAUACGAAAACGGAUCACAUUUGAAAUACGAAAGUUAAUUAACCUCUCAAUGUCAAACGACGGUAAUAGCCCGAAGCGAGACAAUUGUUGGUCUCUAAACUUACUUUUAAAACUACAAUGAGAGUAUUUAUGAUUUAUCAGACUUUUUAAUAUGGCCAACGAAGUGAAUUGUCUCUGAAAGUGAUGAAGUGGAAUGUCCUAAAGUUGCUAUUGAACUUCACUAGUUAAUUAUAGGAGACAAGAAAAACGAGUUAUCAUCAGAUGCAAAUAAAUAUUUUAAGUUCAAUUUUUUGUGUUCAAAUCUCUCUGUAAAUCUACACUACACCUUUCUCUUGC